AUGGUCGUCCGGUGGGCCGUCUCCCUUGGGUCCUCUGCUAUGGUCAGUAUGAGGGAGCGUGAUCGACUUGAAUUACCUUCCAAGAUAGGGGAGAUACAGUAUAUAUUGGAGAGUACUGUGCUGCAGCAGUCUGAUAAGCAAUAUUCUGCAAAUGACCUAUCGGCAAUAUUCAACCAAAAAAAAGGUCAAUGGAGAGAACUCCAAGUAGAUCUUUUGUCGCUUGGCGGCUUGCGAGGGGAGAAGGAUCCCUUCAUUGUUGAAUGUCAAGUGUACAAUUCCUUGAUCAAGAACAAACUGGGCGGCGUGGUUGGGCCUUGCUGCCAUGGCUGGCUCAAGCUUGACAAAGCUCAGAAACAAUAUAUGGAACGGAAGUUCCCCCAAUCCCUAGUAUGGCGGCUGAGGGCACAUACAGCAGAAGACCCUAUUCAUCGACUUUUGCUCAAAUACAUUGAUGGAUGCACUAUUGACAAGGCUAGGGUUACCACCGCUAGAGCCCAGAGCUUUUUGGAGACGGCAGCGCACCGUGCCCCUAUAAAGAAUUCAGAAUAA